AUGGUGCCUUUACAAACUCAACUUCUCCUGCAGGUUCACCAGACAGAAAGAGAGCUGAGUCUUUAUCCACUUCUGCCCCAAAGUUCGGCGUCGAUCCGCCACGACCACCUCGGAUACUGGGCAGAGAGACAGCUCACGCCAGCCUCUCCCCGAAAGAGCAACGCCAGUUCUAAUGUGCGCUUCUGGAAAUGGCGCUCACGAUCGACCAAAUCUGCGAGUGAGACGGAUGCACUACUCAAUGGGCGUUUAGCCUCUCGAGUGACCUCUGCGACUGGACCAAAAUCGAAACCCGACCUCCCAAGACAUGAUCCGCCUGCCAUUCAUCAAGUGUGGACUCCAUAUCUAUCCGAGUCUGAUCAUGUAUUCUCGCUACAACAUCCAACUGCAGAGCCUGUCUCACCAUCCACUGCUGCAAUUACGCCUUCAAAGGCACAGCAGUCGAGCGAAAGCAUCGUAAUCUCUCCCGGUUCAAAGAACCACCGCCUAGCCGACGCCCCAAAAACCACCUCGCCUGAGAGCCAUAUUCAAACAACCGUGAAAACUGGGUCGCCAACGCCCUUACUCUCUCCAAGACUCUUAUAUCUCAAGGCCAAAAAGGAAAUCGAAUCCAAGCUCAAGCAAAAACAGCAUGAGGACUCUUAUAUCCAUUGUACAACAGAUGCCGGCAAUCAGACAGAGGUCGGGUUAGGAACUCAUGGUCCUUGCAGUAAUUUAGCCCCUGAUGAGGAUUGCCGUACGCGGUCGACGGUUGAAGGCGCCAGAAAAUUCCUCGCCUCUCAGAACAUCAGCAAGACGGGAACGUGGUUUAAAGAUGAAUUCCAUACUUCCAAGAUAGGCCGGAAACUAUUUAGGAGAGCCCCAUGGCAUCGAAAGGAAUCUGCGGACUCAUUCACCAGCGUAUCCAGCUCCAUCAGGGCAGUUCUUAAGGGCAGGACACCUCCCGCGAGUCCUGCCACUCUCGGGUUGAGCCACACGAGUACGCCAGCACACUUUAUGUCAAAUAUGAGUAUAUGGGAGGCCAUUCGAGUCAGCACACCUCCCUUGGACGAAGAUACAGCCGACGGCAGGCCGCGGGCUUUUUUCACGUCAUUGACACCUCCUGGAACUGGUGGCGAGACCAACUCCAAGACGGCUUCGCCAUCGAAUCGCUCUGUGAAACGCUACAGUAUCCACAGUAGCAGCAUGGCAUCACAGUCUCGCGAGUGGUGGGAGCAGGUACCUCCACGUGGAUCUCGCCGCGAUAUUCCUGUUGCUAUUGGCACUUCAGCCAGCAAAUUCGAGUUCGAUGUUCCGGAACAUUUGCCAUCAAGCCCAAUGUGCCCUGCCAACAAGCGCCACAAGAGCGGCGGCACUGGCGUGUGUGUGUAUCACGGACGGAGAAAGACUAAGUCUGUCCUGAGAGAUGAAAUGAGCAGAGCAGAAACAACGGAAUACUCAUCAGCGGAUAUUGGUUGA